CGAAGAAUGUCGAGUACUAACGGUUACCAGUCUACUAUUCCUCUGAUGCAAAACUUUGUAAAUGGAAAGUUCGAGACUAGCAAGGGACCUAUUAUUGGAGAUGUGACCAAUCCAGCAACUGGAGAAGUUCUGAAACAAGUUCCUGGUUCUCUUAAAGAAGAGGUUGAUGCUGCCAUUGCAAGCGCUCAGAAAGCCUUUGUGUCUUGGUCUACCCUUCCAAUAUCUAAACGAGUAUCAUACAUGUUUCGAUUUCGAGAGAUAAUACAUCGAAGACUUGCUGAUUUCACCGCAAUGAUAAGACUUGAAGGAGGAAAGACAGUAAAGGAUGCAGAAGGCGACAUAAUCCGAGGUCUCGAAGUGGCAGAAUAUGCUUGUGGCUUUACUGGCAAAGUGGAGGGUAUGUAUGAGAAGAAUUUGGCCACCGAUAUCGAUAUGAUGCAAAUACGAGAGCCAUUAGGAGUUUGCGUAGGAAUUUGUCCCUUUAACUUUCCCGCAAUGAUACCUCUUUGGAUGAUACCGAUAGCGAUCGUGACCGGAAACAGCUUUGUCUUGAAACCUUCAGAACUCGUCCCCGGCUCAGCUCAUUUGUUGGCAGAAAUAAGUUUGGAAGCUGGAUUUCCACCCGGAGUUUUUAACAUUGUUCAAGGUGGAAAAGAUACUGUCGAUGCGCUACUGGAUAAUCCUCAUGUUAAAGCUGUGAGCUUUGUGGGAAGCACACCAAUCGGGAGGAUUGUAUACCAAAAGGCCAGUAUGAGAGGUAUUCGUGCCCAAUGCAAUAUGGGUGCAAAAAAUCAUGCAGUCGUGAUGUCGGAUUGUAACAAAGAAUUGACAUUAAAUGCUCUCACUGCAGCUGCAUUUGGAGCCACUGGACAAAGAUGUAUGGCCAUAUCAGUUGCGGUGUUUGUUGGUGAAAGUAUCCAAAUGUUACCUGCUUUAGUACAAAAAGCUGCGAAUGUGAAACUGGGAACUGACGAAAAUAGUGAUAUGGGACCUCUUAUUUCAUCAAAAGCGAAGGCAAGAGUCGAAACACUAGUGAACUCCGCAAAGAUACAAGGCGCAAAAAUAGAUUAUCAAGGACAAGCUCCUAGUUCCAAGGGUAACUGGGUGGGACCUGUCGUUAUUUCCAAUGUUACUCCAGAAAUGGAUGUUUACAAGGAAGAGAUAUUUGGUCCUGUGCUAGUAUGCCUUCACGUGCAAUCGCUGGAUGAGGCAAUUCAACUCAUCAACUCGAAUCGCUUUGGAAAUGGAACUGCUAUUUUCACUGAAUCGGGAGUAGCAGCACGAAAAUUUCAGAGCCAAAUCGAAGUAGGACAAGUGGGAAUCAACAUACCAGUACCAGUACCGGCUCCUCCCUUUGGGUUCACUGGUUCAAAGGAUUCUAUGUGGGGUGAUCUCCCGUUCUAUGGACCCACUGGUUUUGCGUUCUUUACGAGACCAAAAACUGUCGUCAGUCGAUUUGCAUGGUGAUAAAGAUAAAAAGCUAUCACUAUUCAAUACCCACAGAAUGUUGAUGUCUUAACAUUUGUAGGCUUGUUUAAUGAUCUUUAUGUGAGGGCUGAAAAUUAAAUUUGUUUUUUGUUCA